CUAAAAAAAAAAAGAUCAUUCCCCCACGGUCCACGGGCUAUUGGCCGCCGCCGCUCCCACCUUCCCCUCGUAGACCCAGAGCCCGAAAUUCCAUCUCGACGCCGCCGGCCGUCCAAAUGGCCGAGGCCGCCGCCUCAUCUCCUCGCCGGAGGUUGGAGUCGAUCCGUCGACAUCUCCUCCCUCGGCCGCCGCCCGUCCUUAGCCUGAAUCCAUUAAGCGCUGCGGAGGCAGGACCGAGCCCAGUGAUCAUCGGCGGAAUGGUGCUGGACAUCUACGCCAAGCCAUCAGUGCCGCCACAUCCUGGCACCACCGUCCCUGGGAUGGUUAAGUACAUCGGCGGGGGAGUGGCUAGAAAUAUUGCUGAGUGCAUGGCUAAGCUUGGGGCCCGUCCACUCAUGAUUAGUGUUGUUGGAAAUGAUAUUGCAGGAGAUUUCCUAUUGAAGUAUUGGAGGUCGGCUGGACUAUGUACUGAUGGAAUACUGCGGGUUCAUGAUGCUGCAACCCCAGUAGUAUCAAAUGUAUUUGACGGGAGUGGAGAAUUAUUUGCUGGCGUCGCAAGUGUUGGGGCAGUUGAAAAUUUUCUUACUCCUAGCUGGAUAAAUCAGUUCUAUCUCCAUAUCUCCACUGCACCUCUACUAAUGCUUGAUGCCAAUUUACCUCCUCAGUCACUUCAGGCUGCUUGCAAAAUAGCAUAUGAAUCAGGGGUGCCUGUGUUAUUUGAGCCUGUCUCCGUGGCAAAGAGUUCAAGAAUUGCGCCAAUUGCAGAAUAUAUAACUUGCACUUCCCCAAAUGAGAUGGAGCUUAUUGCCAUGGCAAACACACUGUCUGCUCCAGGGAGAUAUAAUUUUGUGAAACUUGAGCAGUGCAACAACAAAACGGAAGCUGUAGAUUAUUUGUUUAAAAUGCUCAGCCCAGCAAUGUUUUUUCUUCUUGAAAAAGGCAUCAAGCUUCUUCUUGUGACACUGGGCUCGAACGGGGUUUUCAUAUGCUGCAAAGAGCAUGUUAACUUCAUGAAGGGUGAGCAAAAGUGUAAAAUGACACCUUACUCAGCGCAGCUACUUGGAAAAUUGGAGGGAUGUUCUCCAUUCAGCAUGCCUGUUAAUUUAUCUAGAGAAGGUUCUUCCAGAACUUGUGUUUUUCAUUUACCUGCAAUAUCUGCCUCAGUGGUUAGCCUCACAGGAGCGGGUGAUUGUUUGGUUGGUGGAGUCCUUUCAUCUCUAUGUGGAGGCUUGGAUAUUAUGCAGAGUGUUGCAGUUGGGAUUGCUAUAGCAAAGGCAUCCGUUGAAUCUGAAGCUAACAUACCUGACAAUUUUUGUGGUGCAAGCAUUGCAGACGAGGCAAGACGGACAUUGCUAUCUGCUAAACAGAUCUGGUGCCAAUGAAGAAUCGAGGAUGGCAUCAAUCAUUUUGGUCCUAUUUAUUUGAGUCUCUAGCAGAGAGAAAAUUUCCUGUCAGAGUGCAUUUUUUCUUGUUAUGAAUGGAUGGAUAAUUGGAUGUGCCCUAGACUAACAAUGUUGUGCCACAAAUGUGCCUGUGAAAAAGAUGUGAUUGUGAUCGUUUGUUUCCUGGA